UUUCCAAAUCAACACUUCUGUUUCAGGUUUCAACCAACAUUUCCCUCUUUAUUUUUCUGUUACUUUAUGUAUCAGUACAUUUAUUUUGGGCUCUCGGCUCCUGAAUUGUGGGAUUGUUUUGUUUCGGAGUGAAUAAGAAGGUUUGAGGAGAAGGAUUGGACAUGGGAAGUGGAAGGAGGAUGGUUUUCCUGUCCUUACUGGUCUUACUGUCACCCGGUCCCUCUGUCAGCAGCCCUGCUCAGAUCGACCCUCUGGUGUAUGAGGAGCAGCUGCUGUGGGUGAGCGGAGCCCAGGGACACGUGAACACCUACAGGAUCCCUGUGAUCACAUUCACCCCAAAGGGAAGCCUGUUGGCUUUUGCCGAGGGAAGGAAGUCAACAUCGGGGGACGCCGGAGCAAAGUUUCUAGCAAUGCGACGGUCAACCGAUAAAGGAAACACGUGGUCCCCGACCAGCUUCAUCGUGGAUGAUGGGAUGAACCCCGACGGCCUUAACCUGGGCUCGGUGGUGGUGGACGAGGAAGUGGGCUCGGUGAUCCUGAUCUACGCCGUCUGCUUCCACUCUUUCCACUGCAACCCGUCCAGCACCAUGAUGGUGGAGAGCAGGGACGACGGGCUCAGCUGGAGUCCGCCCAGGAACCUCUCCAUCGAGCUCGGAGUGCAGGCCUUCGCUCCCGGUCCGGGCUUCGGCAUCCAGAAACGUUAUGAACCAGCAAAGGGGAGGUUGGUGGUUUGUGGUCACGGGACGAUAGAGGGGGACGGUGUGUUCUGCAUCCUGAGUGACGAUCACGGACGGAGCUGGUACUACGGGGCGGCGCUGAAGAGCAUCCCCUACAACCAGAAGAAGAGUCCCAACGACUUCAACCCUGACGAGUGCCAGCCAGUGGAGAUGACAGACGGCAGCAUAGUGAUCAACGUGAGGAACCAGAACAACUACCACUGCCGGUGUCGCGUGGUGGUGCGGAGCCGUGACGGAGGGCUGACUCUCCCCAUAGACGACCUGUACUUUGACAGCACACUGGUGGAUCCAGCUGUGGCAGCCGGGGCGCUGCAGAAAGACGGCGUGCUGUACUUUACCAACCCCUCCAACGACCGGAGCAGAGUAAAUCUAACGUUAAGAUGGUCCUUGACGAAUGGCCUAACUUGGGAGAAUAAAGUGGUCCAGAUAUGGGCCGGACCGAGCGGCUACUCCUGCAUCACAUCGCUGGACAGCGGUUCUGUAGAAGACAAGAAAUACAUCUUUGUCAUCUACGAGAAGGGCCACAGGGAUUACGAUGAGAGCAUUUCCUUCCUAAAGAUCCACCUGUACGGCGGCCGGUAGGAGGAAAUUCAAACCUUGACAGGGGGAAAAAGGACACAGCAGGAUGUGGUUUACUCCAACAACUGUCUCAGGAAGAAAAUAAGAGACUUGUUCACAAUUCCUUUUCUAACAAACACAAACUGUUGAGAUGUGAUGGAACUCUAUGAACUUUAUUUUCCUUCCUUUUUUUGUCACUUUUAAGAAAAAUCCACAGCUGAUCAAGGCGCAUAUCUUUCUGGUCAAGUGUUUCUGUUAUGUAUGAUAAUUACACAACCUCAAUAUAUUACUUCAUUCCUGAUCUAAGAGAGAAAACAUUGGGAGAUAUUGUAAAGAAUAAGUCAAAGGAUUAUUCUUCUCAGAUCAAGCACACUAUUAUUUUUAAACUUUUCUUCAGACAUGUUUUGUUAAAGUGAAGACGGUCACUGAGAAAUCACCUCAGUCUUUUUCUUGGCUCGAUUUUUCUUGACCGCAAUACAAAAUGUCAUCAGGUUUCCAAAACACGGCAGGAAAUUAGCAGUGAGUACUUAGCCUUGUAAAUAAGUAAAAUAGACACAAAUAGAUGAAUAGAGGGAUAAAUGGAUCACAGUUUGUACAGCUGUAUAAAAAUAAACAAGCGUUGCCUUGAAUGUUAUGGUCACGAGAAACUGUAGGACAGAAAUAUCUCAUGUCCUUUCAUAAAGGAUGCUCCAUUGUUUUCUAAGCUAGAGGGUCAUAAAGGAUCCAUUGAAGUUCCUUGGCAUUUUAGACAUUCUAGCAGAUGAUGGUUACCAUGGCUACUGAGAUACUUUCAGGUUAUUUCACUCACUUAGGAAGCUUCCUAAGCAAAUAAACCCCCAAAAGACUGAGCUGGACCUACAGUUGAUGGAUCAUUACAGCUGCUUGUGUCUGGUUAACCAGCUAAAGAGUGGGCAAAUCAAUAUGGACCAUGUUUGAUCCACAAAAUUGAUUUAAAAAAAUUAUAAUAAUAUUAAUAAAAUACAGUUAUCUUUGUGUUUUCCCUGCUGAUGUGUUUUUAACAUCACACCGCCAUCCACUGUCAACACCACGGACACGUAUUUGUGCUUAAUACUUCAUUCAAAUGAUUCCAAAUGUGAAAGCGGGAGUGGAGAAAACUUUCCAAGAUAAUAAUCAGGAGAUCCCAAUUCUUUUGGCAUUGUCUUAGACCAGGGGUUGGCAACCCAAAAUGUUUUAGAGCCAUAUUGGACCAAAAACACAAAAAACUAAUAUGUCUGGAGCCGCAAAAAAAUGAAAAGUCUUGUAUCAGCCACAUGCUGCAUGUUUCUAUAUUAGUUAUAACUGGGGGAAGAUUUUUUUUUUCAUUAUGCACUUCGAGAAAAAAGUGGAAAUUUCGAGAAAAAAGUGGAAAUUUCGAGAAAAAAGUCGAAAUUUCGAGAAAAAAGUCGAAAUGUCAAUAUUAAUGUUGAAGUACAAUCUUGAGAAAAAAGUCGAAAUGUCGAGAAAAAAGUCAAAAUUUCGAGAAAAAAGUCGAAAUGUCGAGAAAAAAGUCGAAAUGUCGAGAAAAAAGUUGAAAUGUCAAUAUUAAUGUUGAAGUACAAUCUUGAGAAAAAAGUCGAAAUGUCGAGAAAAAAGUCAAAAUGUCGAGAAAAAAGUCAAAAUUUCGAGAAAAAAGUCGAAAUCUUGAGAAAAAAGUCGAAAUUUCGAGAAAAAAGUCGAAAUGUCGAGAAAAAAGUCGAAAUGUCGAGAAAAAAGUCGAAAUGUCAAUAUUAAUGUUGAAGUACAAUCUUGAGAAAAAAGUCGAAAUGUCGAGAAAAAAGUCAAAAUGUCGAGAAAAAAGUCGAAAUGUCAAGAUUAAUGUUGAACUACAAUCUCGAGAAAAAAGUCGAAAUGUUGAGAAAAAAAUCAAAAUGUCGAGAUUAAAAAGGAAAGAAAGAAGGAAGAAAAAAAGGAAAAAAAGAAGAAAAAGCCCUAGAGCCGCGGGUUGCCAAGCCCUGUCUUAGACCUUUCCAGAAAGGGGAAAUUCAUAAUUUCUAAUUUCACAUUUUUGAAAAACAGUAUCACUUUUGGGGGAAACUCAGUGCCAGCCAGACUCUUGAGUUUGGUGCAAACACAAACCCUUGCUGUGUCAAAUCAAACUCGCUCUCUAUACACGCUCUGUUUCCAAGGUUAACAUUUAUUUUGCCAGAUUUCCAGUGUGUUUGAAUUUUUCUGUGACUUACUUGCCAAAUCUUUUUUGAGUGGUACAUGUUUUAAAUUUUAGAAAAGUGCUCAGACAGCUCCCAUUUCAGAAAGGGAAAGGGAAAACGGCUCUCUAGAAAAAGAAGAAACUUUGCACAGAUAUGAGGUAGUGGGAACAAACUGUGAACAUGAGAAUUUGCUUUUGAUUUUUGUUUUUUUUCUGGUAGACUAACAGGCUGUGUGGUAUAUUUGGAGUCUUGCUAAAUUAAACUUGUCUUAACUGGUCUGCUCAGAGGUUUGUACCUUUUAAUUAUAAAGUGGAUUUUUGUUUCUGCUUUUAAGAUGCAGUAGAACCAUGAAUGAAUGCUGAUUAAAAGUGCGUUCAGCGUCUUUAAAACCAGCAGUUACAUAAAUAGUCUGAACACCCGUCUCUGAUCCUGCUGGACUUGAAUGUUCUCUGAUUUUCGUCUGCUGGUGUUUGACUGGUUUUGAAAUAACAUAAUCCGAGCUACAAAAAGUCAAUGUAUUAUUGUUAUUGCUUCUGUUCAUGUGGCAUGGGAGACCUCUGUUUUAUGUCUGUAUUUACAUUUAAAUGUUUGAUUUAAACAAGAGUUCUCAAAACUCCUUUAAAUUAUGAUUCUACUCCAAGGAAGAGCUCCCUUCCUUUUUUCAAUUCUUUAUUUGAUCUUGUUUUUGAACUUCUUUUAAAAAAAGAACCAACAACAAUGUGCUGAUUUUUCCAAAAGACAGUUUAUAUUGUUUAUAUAUGAAACUAUGAAAUUAGCAAGAGAAUUGCACAAUAUUUCAGUCUUCCAACUACAUCACUCAUCAACUCUAUUGUGAAAUCUAAUAUUAAUUGCUAUAUAGUAAUUUGAAUCCAUCCUCUUGUAUGAUUUUAUGUAUCAAAACAAAAAUAAAAAACCUCAU